AUGGACGUCUCUUCGGACUUACCAGGCCCUGGUCAGUUGACCUUAUCAAUGUUGGCACUCUUCAUGGGGAUGUCACAGCUAUUCCACGCAUCACGGAUGAUUUCCACAGUCUUGGUGUUUAAGUAUUUUCACUUGAAAUGGUCCUACUUACUCUCACUUUUUAUCUUUGAACUGGGAAGUCUCAUUUGCGCCGUUGCACCUGAUAGUGCCACCUUGAUCACCGGACAUGCAAUUGCAGGCAUUGGUACUGCUGCUAGAGCGCUAGCUAGCUUUCAUGGGUGUCAUGGGGUAUCUUAUGCUCUUGCUUCGUUUAUCGGCCCGCUUCUAGGAGGUGCAUUCAACGAAAGAAUCAGCUGGCGCUGGUGCUUCCACAUAAAUCUCCCAAUCGGUGGAGUUGCUGCUUUGAUUAUAAGUCUAUUCUUUUGGACACUUAACGCUGCCAAACCCAUGGCUGCACCGCUGAGGGAAAGGAUUAUCCAGCUAGACCCCAUUGGUUGCGCAUUGAUCAUGGGUGGAGUUGUUUGUUAUCUGUUAGCCCUAAAAUGGGGUGGUUUGCAGAAAUCCUGGUCGAAUAGCAGUGUUAUCGGCACGUUGAUAGGGUUUAUUCUCCUAUUUGCCGCCUUUGGAAUCAAUGAGUGGUGCUUUGGAGAAUAUGCCUCCAUCAAACGGAGAAUUCUUGUAAACUCAACCGUGGUUUUCUUCAAUUUGAGUGGAUUUUUCGUUCCUAUCUACUAUCUACCCAUUUACUUUCGGUCUAUUAAGGGUACUUCGCCCAUUACCUCCGGUGUCUACAACCUCCCCCUCCUUAUUGGUGGAAUAUUUUCCAUGAUUGCGGGCACUCUGCUCACGGCUACACAGCAGUUUGUACCAUUCAUGGUGGUCAGUGCAGCUCUCAGCGCCGUGGGUGGAGGACUGAUAUACACUUUGGAUCAGAACACAUCAACUGGCAAAUGGGUUGGUUACCAGAUCAUCGCCGGCUCGUCCACUGGAUUCAUUUCUCAAAUCCCGAUCAUGGCCAAUACCGCCUGCGUUGAGAUGCAAGAUAUGAGCACUGCCUCUGCGAUGACGUUAUUCUUCCAGCUGAUUGGCGGUUCAUUCUCAGUCUCAGCAGCGCAAUCUGUCUUUGGAAAUGUGCUCUUCAAUCGCAUUCAAAACACCGUUCCUGGUCUGUCGCCGGAAGCGGUAAUCGGCGCAGUUGCCGCUAAUCUUCGAACCAGCUUUUCUGCAGAGCAACUUCCCGGUGUGCUGACGGCGUAUAUGGACGGCCUGAAAGGGACAUUUGCUGUGGCUACGGUUCUGUUGGCAAUGAGCGCUCCUUUAGUGUUAUUGCCGAAGUGGGAAAGGUUGAGGCCGGAAGCGCCUCAGUCGAUAGACUUGGAGGUGGCGGUUGAGAAGUCGCCAAUUGAGUCUGAGUCAAAAUAG